UAGUGUGACGGAGGCAAAUUAAACCUUGUACUAUAAAACAAUCAGCGAAGAGGGGCAGUGAAGAUUCAAAAGCCACUAGAGAAGUCAGCGAUCGGCGUCUGUAUAUCCGGCGGGUUAGCAUUAUUUUCCGGCAAUGGUGGCUCAGGGAAAAUGGGUCAAGCUGGAUCAGAAAGGAACUGGUCCUGGAGCAAGAAGUUCACAUGCAAUUACCAUGGCAGGACAAAAGGCCUAUGCCUUUGGUGGUGAGUUCAAGCCACGUGUCCCAGUUGAUAGCAACUUGUAUGUGUUUGAUCUCAAUGAGCUGACAUGGUCAGUGGUAAGUGUGACCGGUGAUAUCCCUCCACCACGAGUUGGUGUAACUAUGGCAUCUAUUGGCGACACUAUCUAUGUGUUUGGCGGUAGGGACUCUACACACAAGGAACUUAAUGAGCUUUACUCUUUCAACACGUGCACAAGCAAGUGGACCUUAGUCUCUAGCGGGGACACUGGGCCUCCUCAUCGAAGCUAUCACUCAAUAACCUCAGAUGACCGCCAUGUGUAUGUAUUUGGUGGCUGUGGCAAUAAUGGCCGUCUUAAUGACCUGUGGGCUUAUGAUACUGUUGAUAAAAAAUGGUUAAGUUUUCCCUUACCCGGGGAGAAUUGCAAAGGCAGAGGUGGGCCUGGGCUGGCUGUAGCUCAAGGGAAGAUCUGGGUAGUGUAUGGUUUUUCAGGCGUGGAGCUUGAUGAUGUGCAUUUUUUUGAUCCAGCUAAUGAGAAAUGGGUCCAAGUAGAGACAAGAGGUGAAAAACCUACAGCCCGUUCUGUGUUUUCAACAGUUGGGAUUGGGAAGUCUAUAUUCAUCUAUGGUGGGGAAGUCGACCCAAGCGAUUUAGGCCACCUGGGUGCUGGGAAAUUUUCUUCUGAGUUCUUUGUACUAGACACAGACGCAUUGGAGUGGAAACGCUUGGAGGAUGGAGCAAAUUCCAGUGAUCACCCUGGCCCUCGUGGGUGGUGCGCUUAUGCAGCUGGUCAGCUAGAUGACAAAGAGGGAUUGUUGGUGUAUGGUGGCAAUUCAGACAGCAAUGAUCGCUUAGGUGAUAUUUACUUUUUCACUCCUUGAUUGGAUUCAGAUGCAUGUAAUUUAUGAAGGUUUGCGAUGCAUAUUACUAAUGAUGUUGUUUAGUAGGUUUGAUUGUGUGGGACAUGUUUUUACUUGCGUGAGCAAUAAAAUAAUAUGAAGUGUUUGGUUGUAUAGUAAA